AUGUACUCAUUUGGUGACAAACGAGAACGCCGUUAUCAAUCUGCUUGCAGUUUGGCUAAAUGUAAAAUUGUCUCUCUGGACUGGUUACUCGAAUCAGACCUGAAAGGGAUACCAUUGUCCGAGAAGAGCUACGCACUUGGCCAAUCUGCCAGUUCCCAACCUGAUAAGUCUGAGAAUAAUGGCAAGGCCAGAAAUGCUGGUUACCCCCUAAAUGCAACGCAGUACUCAGAUACAAAGACCCAAUAUGCAACCAAGAGAACCAACAUAAAUGUCAAACGGGAAGAUGACCAUGUGCAAGAGUCAAACGAAGGGCAAAAGGACUCUAUUAAGGCUGGAUUCAAAUCACUCCAUGUUCCAGUUGAUGAGGAGGCAUUAAGUCACUUUGAAGAGGCUGCUCCUAAGUCGUACCCAGCUGUGCUGAUCGACAACGCUGGCGUUUCUUGGGAUGCCACUUUGAAUCAAACCGUUGCUACUAAAAACGCUAAGAAGUUUUAUCGCAUCCAGGUCGUAUUCACCGCAGUAGACAAUACUAUCACUUACUGGAAUUGGAACCGCUGGGGCCGUUUCGGUGAAAAAGGCCGGUCAGCCUUGCUUAAAGCCAAAUCUCCAGAUGAGGCUGUUCGCGUUUUCGUGAAAAAGUUCAGAGCCAAAACGGGUCUCGAAUGGAGCGACAGACUAAACAAAUCGAAGAAUGGAAAAUACACGUAUACCGAGACGAACUACAAGGAUGAAAAGAAGCCCGACGACGAUAAGCCGCUGGCGGAAAGCCAACUCUCCAAGCCCUUACAGGACCUGAUGUACUUUAUCUUCGACCAGCGUCAUUUCCUCAAUGCAAUGGGGGAGAUGAAUUAUGAUGCUAAGAAGCUCCCCCUGGAGAGCUGA